AUGCCCGAAAAAGCUGAGGGCCGCCAACAGCCAAGCCUGGUGGUCGGGACGGACGGCCCCUUGCCAGAGCUGCCCCUCGGCAGCAGCGCCGGCCUCGGCAGCCCGGGGGGCCGCGGGCCCGGCACGCAGUGGGGCGGCAGCCCUGGGGGUCGCGGGUACGGCGGCGGUCACGGCGGCAGCCCGGGGGGCGGGCGGGGACGGUGGGGCAGCCCCGUGGGCCAGCAGUGGCGCGGCAGUGGGAGCCCCGGGCCCUUUGGUUACAGCAGCGGCGGUGGAGCUGGAUGGGGGAACGGCUCCCCUGCGGCAAAGUGGCAGCACCGGUAG